AUUUAGAUUGGGCCCAUUAGUUACAUAUUUCAGAUCCAAUACUAUCAGUAUUCAGUAAUGUGUCGUCGUCACUUUCAUCGUCAACGCGAAUCAGUCAGUCACCAGAGAGAGAAGAGAGAAGAGAGAUGAGGUUGUUCGAUCCAUGGCCAGUGUUCUUCAAGAGGGAGUGGAAACGUUGCUGGCCGUUUCUCACCGGAUUCGCCGUAACCGGCGUCCUCAUCACCAAGCUCACCGCUGGAUUCACCGAGGAAGACGCCAAGAACUCCAAGUUUGUCCAACAACACAGGCGGUAA